UAUUUGGCGAUUGAUGCGACGUAGGUCGUGGCUUGACCCACAGUCUGAGAAUGAUGUUGGACGUCGUGUCGGAGCGAACCGCGAGGCGAGAUGUAGAGGAGUCUCGCUGGAGAGAGGCGAUACUCACACGUGCACCUGGGGGCAUUCACGAGUUGCCAGUCGGCUGUUGAAACCCGCCCGGUGAAUGCCUCUCGAGGCUCUUCUAUAAGGAUUUUUCACCGACCUUUCGAUGCACCCGAGGGGGUUCUCUACGCACGCCGAGUAAUUUUAAUAGAAACUUAUAAGAGCGAAAUUUCGAUCCACCUUCAACGCGGCUAACGUAUCGCAUCGAUCGCUGGCGCGUGACAGAGGAUCUACACACGAAGAAGAAAGUGAAAAUGUGAUUCUGUGAUGGUGAACGGAGAAAUUACAACUAUACCGGAUCAUUGACUUUUCGAUGGAUUUCAUUAGUUACAUUUAAGUGGUGUUCAAGAGAAAUCGAGCGUAAUUGAGACGAUUACACCGAUCAGCGAAGACUCGAUGCAAAACCGUUUACAGUGAUUCGAAACCGCAGUCUUAGUUGCGAUCAGUGUUGAUAAAUACCGAGAGAGUGAAUUUUCGAAUUUAUGAUUGUUGUUCCUUGGAGAUCGUAACGCGAGGCGAGGAUUUCUCAAAGAUACGAGAUCAUUACGGUUUACGGUAAUUUAAGUGAAAACACGGCAAAGCGUGUUACGAAUAACAGUUCCACGAAAGAAAGGCGCAAGAAAUCAUUGGCCAUAAACGGAAGAAAAAUACUUCUCCGAGUAGCAGAGCAAUGUGAUAACGGUUCCAACGAUUUUUCACAUAAUGUCAGUGGAUCACUAGGUUUUCCAGCCGCAUCGUCUGGUUCAGUUUUUGCAAAAGUUCGCGCACGCAAUUGUUCCAGACUCGGCCUUCGACGAGCGGUUAAUUAACAUCGUGCCAGCUUUUUACGCGGAUCCGCAUCGAUUCGCGUGAUUGUUAUCGCGACAAAUUGCGAAGGUAACUGUGAAACGACAAAUCAAUCUGACGUUUGGUAUGCCGAAGCCGCGUUUCGAAUUCAUGCAGGGCACCCGUUACUUCGACUGCAAGGAAGUUUUUGCGCGAUGAAAGGUGUAAUCGGUGCUGAAGAUGAAUAGCCGAAGGCAUACGCGACAGUACACGCAGAAACGUUUCGAGGUAGCUCGUUCUUUUCCAUACGAGUGCGCGAACAGUCCCCCGUGAAAAUCCUCGGUAUACCGACGACACUGACGUUAAUGAUGUUAACGACAACGUACAACGAAGAAGGACGCGACACGCUGAUAACAUCGCACAAAACAUAACAGGAACAAGUGUAACAUUAUCAGUAACGAGACUUUAAUUGCCUACCCACGCGAGGUAAUACGAUUUAAUUAAAAGGAAGGUUAAUUUGGGAUACGAUCGUGGAAAAUGCGGUUCUCAAUUCAUUAUCGAGAAGAAACGAUCCUCUCGAAAGCGUGUACUAGCAUCGACGUAAAACGAGGCAGCGCGUAUAGAAGCACCGAGGAUAAUUUAUGAAUCUACAUAUCGGGAUAUCUUAAUAAACUCGGGUCGCAAAGAGGCGCUUCAAUCCUCUCGCCAGCCGAGGAAGCGCAGCUAUUUAAUAAAUAGUUACGUUCGAGGGGUGGUCGGCCAGGCCCCGUAAUUACGCAAGUAUGAACACAAUCGCAGAGGCAAAGACAAUGCCGGAGAUUGCUGCGAUAUCGGUGAGACAUCGCUGAAGAAAAAUUUCUCAUUGUCCGAGGAAUGUGGGCGUAUCGAGCGAGAUAUCUUGGGGAUACGAAGAAGGAUUUUGCUUGGAGAAGAGAGAAGUACACAAAAGCGGUUUAUAGCACGCGCUAUUAAUUUAUGUAUCAAUUAUUCAGGUUAAUCGCGCGGGAGAACAAGCAACCGAUGAAAAUUUAAUUGCGAUUAACUAAUCGUAUUCAGACUGUUGUAAAAGCAUUACAAAUGUAACGUACAAAUGUAUUUCUAGCGGGGAUUAACAGAGCAUUUAGCGUUGUUAAUUGUGACUGAAUAAUAGAAGAGCUUGGAAACUUGCUAAUGUAAUGAUUCAGCAAUUGAAAUUUGGUGAGUUUAAUUAUAUCAAGAACAGAAUAAAAAAACUAAUCGUGUUUCUACGAAAAGUGUUAAUUGAGAGUUGUGCAAAUUGGAAGAUUUAUAUCUGCAUUAUCUACCGUGAGAAAAAUGGGGAAUGCGCGAUCGCAGCCUUGCCGACGCGGUAAACCUCCUUAUCUGCUCUACCUUAUCCAUAAAACAUGGAACAUCGUGGCUGACCAACGGAAGGAACAGGAUCGAUCUGACGAUACCGACCAAGAAACUGACUUAUCAUCGAGAUGCAGUGGAUGCAACGGAUGCGAUUAUCGACAGGACAGUCUUAUCUUCGACAGCGAGACGGACAUGGCUCCGAACGCAGAAGAGGAGUUGCUGGUAGUGAAACCCUGGGGACCACAACCGGAAAAGGAGCGAUUAAGACCGCCCACGUACAACGCGGAGGACUACGCGAUCGCCUUGAGACGAUGGGGAAGACGUCCAUUAGGAAGUGUUCAAGACUCGCAGGGUACUCUGCCGUCGACAACCAGUUCGAGUUCCGGUUACGCUUCCGGAAGCGGCGAGAUGACCUUGAGACAAUUCACGUCGGUCAGCGAGCUUCUGAACAAGCUCAGGGCUGACCUGAGGCUCGCGUUUCCAAGCUUCGUCCAGGAAUUCGCUUCGCCUCCAGCCGAUGGGAUCACUUUGUUACUCGAGACACUUCGAGGUGUACAGCUGGCCCAAAGUUCGCCACCCACUUCCGGUCACACGGGUCCAAGGGUCGGCACAAGGAGAGCUGCUCUGGACGAGUUGGGCUGCGUCGAGUGUCUGGCCGCAUGCGCCGAGCGAUGCGCCGAUGCACCGAGGCUCCUGGUGCAAGCUCAACCGGGUCUUCUCGCUCUGGCGGUUUGUCUGACCAGUAGCUUGAACCGGUCCCGAGUGCUGGCACUCCAGUUGUUGACGAAAGUUUGCCAGACACCUGGUGGUCACGCAGCCGUCUCUGAAGCCGUAUCGACUCUGAGGCUAAAGUACGGCGAAGGUGGACGUUUCCGGUUCCUAGCCGGCGCGCUCCUCGCUCCCAGAGCAGCAAUUGCACUGAGAGUCGCAGGAGUUUCAUUUCUGAACGCCUUCCUCAAGUCUGCCCCGCGAACCCAGACCAGAUUGUACAUUCAGGCCGAAGCCUGCGAAGCUGGAUUAGAGCCGCAGGUCCUUCAAGAGUGGCUGAAAGAAUUGGACGGUAGGGAGGAGGACGCUCUGAACGAUCUUCUGCAUAAGGAGGUUCAGAAAUGGACGCACAACUGCGUCGACGUGGACGCCCUGCAGCGAAGGGUCGUACGUGCCGAGGAAACUUGUAGGAUUCUCAGCAAAAAGGUUUCGGCGUUGCAGACGCAGGUACAGCAGCUGCAGCUGGAGAAGCUGAACAAUUACAACUUGGAGGAUCGUGAGAAGAUGACGUUGCUCGGCACCAAACAGUCGCCGAAGGUGUCCUCGAACGCGGAGGACGAAGGCAUCAGCUCGUCGGAGAGGUCGAGCAGUCCGGAGAACACGAAACACCAGUCCAGAUCCAAUCAUCAGAAGAUGAACCCGUCGCCGGAUAACGAUCAGGAGACGACGAUAGAGGAUGUGAUCGAGGAGCUGAGGAUCAUUGUGAAGGAUGCCGAAGAGGAGUUCGGUGACAAGAAUCACGAACAGGAUCGAAUAGAUCACGUAACUGAUCAAGACUUCUGCAACGAACACAGAACAAGCUCGAAGAUCUCGUUGAAUAAUUCCGAAGCUUACUUGUACGACAAGGUGUUGAAGAGAGAUCAGACUGACGCAAAGAUCCCAAACUCUAACACCGGUUCCAACAUGUCUCAGAGCGUGAUCAAAGGUGAACAGGUUACUUACUUUGGCAACGAACGAGAUUACAGCAUAGAUUCGAGUAGCGCCAAACGACUGAACGGUGAAACUCGUCGAGUUUCAAAAUCAUCGGUAGAUGGCAGCGUGAAGAUCGUCGUUAAAGGACCAGACGUCGAAGAAGCAAUCGUCCCGACCAUUCUACACCCUCAGCCACCCAGGAGAUCGCCACCAUGUUUGUCGGCCAUCAUGGCAGUCAGACACUGUGAUUUUAUAGAUCAAGAGGAGCCGUACAAUUCUCACGACGAAGAUAUCGAAGAGGAAACUUUGGGAGACGGCAGCGACUCUCUUCUUAGCGCUUCUCGAUUGAAAUACAACGGGAAGAGUCAACCGUAUGAAGAACAAAUUCGAACAACCGAUAUGGAUCACUUUCAGAAGCAAUGUAAGAAGGAAAUUGAGAACGACGGUGAGACGAAGACAACGAAGAAAUCAUUGGAGGACGUUCGGCAUUUUGGCGAGGACGAAGUGAAAGAUAAGAAAACGAUACGGAAUUACGAGAGUUCCUGCAGCGGAAAGAACAGAACGAGCAACGAGUCCAGAUCGAGCAAACAAACGGACGGGUUCGCGCAAAGACACGGGUCGAAGUACAGAAGCGAAGUGGAGAAGCGGAAGCUUCUUCGUAGAUCGUCGAGCCAUGAUUAUCUCGAGUCGAGUGCCUCGAGUCCGCGCUCGAAAAGAUCCUCCAGAAGCAGGGUAGAGAGUCAGAUCAGGAAGUUCGAAAGUCUGAAUUCGUUCGACGAGCACCGAAGUCUUCAGAGUUACGGGAGAAGCUCGGAGAAUCUGAGCAAAGAGGAACAGGUGUUCGGUGAUGAGAAUUCAAGAAACAGGAUGCGUAGAUCCGAAUCCUUCCACCAUGUAUCGCACGUUGCCAGAAAGGAGCGAUGCUCGUCUCAAGGAGGAAGCGACAGUGGAUUGUUAUACGUGACUGAUUUCAACCUGGAACCACUGCUAACUCGAAGACCAAGAUCCAUCGACGCUCCAAAGUCGCCCAGUUUGUUGACCAAGUCUUUGGAUAGAAUCGACGAAGGUUUGGACUCGAUGGUCGACAUUGUGAUCACCGAGGAAAAAGGCCAAUGGAGCUCUGGCAAGUAUCAAUCCAAAACAAAGAAGGCUCGACAGGAAAGGCAACUGGUUAGGUCGAAGUCGAGUAGAUUGGAAGAAUCGAGGAGUUGUUACGAAUUGGAUACUAAAGGGAGAAAAGAGGAAUCGAGAAGCAAACAUUUGAGGAAUGAUGAAUUAUAUUCUGGACACGUGAACAACAAACAGCUGAGGAGCGACGAGUUGUACGAGGAACAGAGAAAUCGAGAAUGGAAUUGUCAGAACGAACAGAAUUCUACCAGGAAGAACGAAUUAAAUUUGAAUUGUACCCCUAUGAUAUUAACGAAAAACGGCAUGAGACACAAUUCUUUCAGUCAGAACGAAACUAUGGGGAAUAAGUUUACAAACAGAUCCACUGACUCUGGUAUUUUUGCUGGCCGAACUUACGACACCUUCGGACUUGGAAAGAAUCGAUUCAAUGCCGGGAAAUAUUCGGGAAAUCAACCGGUCAAAAAGGAGAGUCCUGCUGGAAGAAGAAAUACCACACCUGCGAUCAUUGGAAAUCGUGGAAAAGUCACUGACGUAGUUUCAGGACUUUAUUAAAAAUUAAUCUUUCAAUUAAUAAGUUUUCGACGCUGCUCACAAUGUACGAAAUAUUGUACAGUAUUACUAAAACAUAUUUUUGUACAGAUUUUAUAAGAAAAUGGAGAUGUAUGUCUGAUGGAAUUCGGUGCAAGCAAACAUCGAAAGUGAAAUGUAAUCUCGUUUAGUUUUUAUAAUACGUAUAUUAAUGAAACCAAUACGAUACUUCAGUGCAAUAUGUAUAAGUAUUAUCGGCAGAAGUUGAAGAAUUAAUUUAUGUUGUAAUUAAUACUGUUGAUAAUUACAGUGAGUAUACACAUACCAGUUUUCAUAACGAAGAUACGUGUUUCGGUGAUGGACCAAUUACACGAUUUUAACUACAUAUAUCACGUUAAAAGCUGUAAUUUAUGAACACUUAAACAAAUGAGACACACGUGUGCACACACAUUUGUGUACAUACACUUGUGUACAUAAUACUACUAAAAUAUGCAAAAGCUAAUAGAUAACAGAAACGAAAAAGUAUUUUUUAACUUAUCACAUUCGAUUUACUCACGCUGAAAUACAAUUGUAUCUUUGAAAUUUAAUAAAAUUGUUGUCCUUAA